UAGGUUGCGUCACUGCACAGUCUCCCCACCAGCUACAAUUUGACAGUUUCUCAGGUGAGGCGUCACGCUACAGGAGCUCUUUCACUUUCUUUUGAGUUUCAGCGCGCAUAUCACUGUGAGCCUGGGGUUGCUUAACUCAAAACCCAGUUACCAGAAGCCCUCACACCACGGCACCAUGAGCAAAAAGAAAAAGGAGUGGAGAGCGGAGAAAGAGCGCCUUCUCAGCCUUAGCCUAGAGGAUAGACGCAAAGAUUAUCGAGGAAACUAUCUGGAGUUGGACAAGAUCCCCACCUGGGCAAAUCAUGACAGUAAUACAGCAACUGAGGAAGAAGAACACCAGUCUUUCUCCUUGGCUGACAAAGUGUCUCUGUACAAAGGUGACAUCACCAUCCUGGAGAUUGAUGCCAUAGUGAAUGCUGCAAACUCUUCUCUGCUUGGUGGUGGAGGAGUGGAUGGCUGCAUACACAGAGCCGCGGGUCAUCUCCUGUAUGAAGAGUGCCACUCAUUAAAUGGCUGUGACACAGGAAAAGCCAAGAUCACCUGCGGCUACGACCUCCCUGCUAAAUAUGUGAUCCACACUGUUGGCCCAAUCGCCAGAGGAAAUGUGGGCCAGUCCCAAAGAGAUGACCUUGAAUCCUGCUACUAUAGUUCCCUCAAGCUGAUGAAGGACAAUAACUUGAGAUCUGUGGCCUUUCCAUGCAUAUCAACAGGAAUUUAUGGUUUUCCCAAUGAGCCGGCUGCAGAAAUUGCCCUGAAAACCGUGCAGGAGUGGAUCGAAAAGCACCAAGAUGAGAUCGACCGUGUCAUAUUCUGCGUCUUUCUGGAGACAGAUUAUGAAAUUUACAAGAGGAAGAUGUCAGAUUUCUUCUCCCCAGAUAAUGACGACCGCAAGAAAGAAGACGAUGGCAAAAUGGAGCAAGGUGAAACACAGCCUGUGGAAGGAGACGGUGGUGAUGAGGAGGAUGGUGACGAAGAUGGUGAUGAGGAUGAUGAGGAGGAUGAUGAUAAAAAAGAUCAAAAGGAUAUCGAAAUGAUGAGCCAGACAGAGGAAACCCAAGAAGAUGUGCUGAUGGAUAGCCAGAAGCCAGAAGCUGACAGCUCCCAAGCCGAGACCCUGGUCCAGGAGAACAAAACGCCUGAAAAGGGAGACCCUAGAGUUGAAGGGAGUCCAGCGGCCAAGAAGAAAGAUGAACAGGAGCUGAAGAAAGACAAGGGAGGCGACCCGCAAGUCCUUGGCGAGGAGAAAGAGCAAAGCCCAGGAAAGAAGAAGAUGCAGAAAGGCCAGGCUGAUGAAGAGGGAAAACCGGUGGAAGACUCAACAAAGAGUGCUGACACCGGGCCGGGCACCAGUCAAGAGGAUCGCAUGGAGGUUGAGGAAGCUGAUAAAACUGUCACCGCAGCCAAGGAGAGCACCAGCAGCAGCACUAAAGAUGAAGCGAAUGCCCAGGACAAGAGCUCAAAGGAGCCCGACUCAGCUCCAGCUGACAGCAGACCAAAUUCUGAAGAUGGCCAUGACAAGAAGAGCGCACAGGAAUGAGACGACAAUCAGCCUCACAGGAAUGAGUGCCGGCAAACUGUGUGAAGGCAAACAUCACACCAAUUUUGUCCCACGCCAGGGAGUCGCCCACAAACACUGGGGAAAAAAAAAAGAGUUGACCCCCACCUCAUUCACCAUCUUUCCUUCUAUCCAACCUGUAUUUCCUUUCCACUUCCUCAUACUGAUAAUAAAUCAAAAUAUAUAGCUAUAUGAAAAAAAGGAACAAAUGAGAGAUUUGAACAUAUCAGAGAGAGUGCAGGGAUUGUGGAGCUGGAGGAGGCCGCUAUACCUCACUGACAUGCUGCUUGAUCCAUACUUAUUCUCAUUUUUUAUUUGAUUGUUUUUUUUUAAAUAUGGCAUCCUGGUGCUGGAUUUGAAUUAGGCAGAUCGGUCAGUAUGCUUCCUAAAAUAAUUAGUUAACCGUUGAUUUGUUGUCAGUGCAUAGCCAAGGCUGGAUUUUCCACUCGUAAUGCACGACGAUUCAAACCAAAUGCGAUCUGUUUCCACCAAUUAGUCUUUCUUUCAGGUGAAAAUAAUUUAAAAAACAACACUAAAAUGGCUGUAAAUGUCCGUUUUCGAGUGAAUGCGUGUGCGUAUAUAUCGACGAUGUCACUUUAAAGAUUUUUUGGCUUUGUGUGUGAGCUUCAGAACCAAGUCAAAUGAGGAAAACCAUGGCUUGAUUGCUAUCUGCUAUGGAGUGGUGACAUUUCUCCCUCCUGCACGCUUUUUUUAAGAGGUGUCUGUUCGCUCUUCUGCUUUGAAACGACACGUCACGCUCACAGAGCCACCCUUUAAUCUCUCAAAUGAGCAUUGAUCAUGUUUCAUCUUCAAAGCUGCUCUGAAUGCCUGUUAAAAAAAGGAAAAAGCCUCUGUUGUGUCAGACUGACGUGGCCGUUUUUUUGACGAGUGCGCUAACGAAUUAAUUCCCACCCUCAGAUGUGUUUAGAUGCAUGCCAGCAUUGUUUCAAAUCUUUUAUUUACAGUCCCUCUCUCUCUCUCUUAGUCGUUUCACGAGCAGUUCUCAAUAUUUUGACCAGAUUGUCUCUGCAUCUCUAAAAAUCUGCCUUAUUUCAUGAGAUACGUAGUAAAUAAUUAAACCGGUGAUGGAAAAUUUAAAAGGCCAAUUGUAAGCGUGUGGCUUUGAAUGAAUUAAUGCUACUUAAGAUGAUGAUUGAUGCAUUUCUUUCUUUAAACAAUGAUAACAAUGACAAAAAAAAUUAAUACGUUUUACGUUAUUUGGUUUGGGUUCUAAUUUGGUUGGUUAGUUUUUCUUGCGUAUGAUUUUUUAGGUUGUUGAUGAUUAAACAAUGUAUUCAAGAAGUUGAUUUACUCCUUUAAGUGGUGCCAUACUGUAUAUCAGAUGAAUUUCUGCCUUCAUCCUUUGAUGUUUGCUUUGCUAUAAAACAACUAUGAAUAAAGGUAUAAAGUUGUUUCCCUGGGAA